AUGAGUGCAAACACAACUACAAGACUACAUGCCGUCUCCCUGGCAAAGGACAAAUCGGUCCCAAGGACAAUUUAUUCUGAAGAUGCUAAUAAAUUACAGCGUGUGGCAAGACCGUUAAGAAACGUCAAGCAUAUACCGAUUAAAGCUCAAGUCUUUUAUUCAAAAGACGGUCCCACCGAAUUCUCCUACGAAAAGAAAAUCAGGACCCCCAUCCCAAAGGAUAAAAUUGUCGUACAAGUUAAACAUGUCGGUUUGAAUCCGGUCGAUUUGAAGAUAAGGAAUGGGUAUGCAAAUGCCGUAUACGGACAAGUCGGUCUCGGUAGAGAAUACAGUGGUGUCGUAACCCAUGUGGGUAGUGACGUUCAAUUUGCAUGGCAUGAAGGUGAUGAAGUGUUCGGUAUCUAUUAUCACCCUCAUUUGGGUAAUGGAGCUUUACAGAGUUCAAUAUUAGUCGAUCCAAAAGUGGAUCCAAUCUUAUUGCGUCCAGACACAAUAAGUGAAAUCGAUGCUUCUGCAUCGUUGUACUGUUUAGGAACUGCAUUUAAUAUUUUAGAUAGACUACAAAGGGAUAAAUUCUUAAAAUCAGAUUCAAACAUUUUAGUCAAUGGAGGUACAAGUUCCGUAGGAAUGUUUGCUAUCCAACUUCUGAAAAGACACUACAAAGUAUCCAAGAAAAUUGUCAUUGUAACAUCAAGUAAUGGUCCUGACAUUUUGAAAAAGAAUUUUAGUGAUUUUGCCAAUGAAAUGAUCUUCAUUAAUUAUUUGACAUGUAGAGGUAAAGCCAGUAAACCACUGAGAAAAAUGUUAGACGAGGAAAAGAUAGAGGAUUACACGAACCCCAACGAGGAAACAUUUUUAGAAUACGAUCAAGGUAAGUUCGAUAUUGUGCUUGAUUUUGUCGGUGGUUAUGACAUUCUAUCGUAUUCAAGUACUUUGAUACAUGGGAAAGGUUGCUAUGUCACUACGGUAGGUGACUAUGUCAGUAAUUACAACACUGAUAUAUUUAAUUCCUGGGAUAAUCCAAGUGCUAAUGCUAGAAAACUCUUCGGAUCAGUGAUUUGGAAAUAUACAUAUAUAAGCUAUAAUUUUGAUCCAACUGUGAAGAGUGCUGCUAAAAACGAUUGGAUCAAUAAAUGUGGUCAAUUUUUGGAGGACGGCACGGUCAAGUGUGUUGUAGACCAAGUUUACGAUUGGAAAGAUACCGUGAAGGCUUUCGAUUAUAUGAGGACUCAGAGAGCACAAGGAAAAAUUGUUUUAAACGUCGAAAUAUUCUAA